AUGUCUGCAGCUUGUAUCUUUUGCAAGAUCAUCAAGGGAGACAUCCCCUCAUUCAAACUCUUUGAGAAUGACAAGGUCUUUGCCUUUCUCGACAUCCAGCCAUUGAGCCGCGGACACGCUCUCAUCAUCCCGAAAUACCACGGCGCAAAGCUCGUUGAUAUUCCAGACGACAGUCUGACCGAAGUUCUGCCCCUCGCAAAGAGAAUCGCCAAAGCAACCGGGGCUGCAGACUAUAAUAUCCUGCAGAACAACGGGCGCGCUGCGCACCAGGUCGUUGACCAUGUCCAUUUCCAUGUCAUUCCCAAGCCAAACGAAACCGAGGGAUUGGGUAUUGCGUGGCCGGCUCAGACCACCGACAUGGAGAAACUAAAAGCUCUCUUUGAGGAAUUGAAGAGCAAUAUGUAA